UUUAAAUUAGUUUCAUCACCAAGGUCUGAGCUUUAUGUGACACUGUUGAUUAAUUUAGGGUUUAGACCGGUUUAUUUGGAGAAAGUUUGUUUAUUUAGGUUCAAUUUAGUUUCAUCACUAAGGUCUGAGCUUUUUAUGAAAUUUGUUGUGGAUGUGCUUGGAACCAACAAGCAGAAGAGGAACCGUGAUGGGUAUGAAGAUGGAGAGUCCAUUUUGAGAAGAGUUGCAUCUGCUUCUGAUUUCAUCUGGUCUGAGAAUCCUCUUGAGGUUCUUGGGACUGUUACUUCUUUAUCCUUUGAUAAUGAAGCCUCUCUACCUUUAAAGGAUCAUGAGUUGACUACAGAGGAGAUUAAAAUUCUUUGUGACGAUCUUCCGGUUUUGGGAAAGAAUGACUUCAAGUACAUCUUAAAAUGGCGAAUGCAACUCAGGAAAGCUCUGACUCCUGAGAAGAAGGAAGUAGCUAAAACGGAGCCUGAUGUGGAAAAAGAAGAGUUAAAUGAGGAUGAUAAACUUCUUAAUGAAUUAGAAGAGCUGACAAACGCAGUAGAUCGCAAGAAGAAGCAGGAAAAGAAGCUUCUUGCAAAACGACGAGCUAAGGAUAAAACACGGAAGGCGACUAAUCCACAGAUAGAUGCACUUGAAGAUGGUUAUGUGGACCAUGAUUUAUUCUCUCUUGCUGCUAUCAAGGGAAAAAAAGAUCUUAUGGCUGUUGACAAUGAUGACGAUGGUAAUGUCAACUCCAAUGACGUUGAGACUGAAGACCGUGCUGAAGCUUCAGAUGACUCCGAGGACAGUGGCCUAGAUUCCGAUGAAGAACGUGAGAGAUACACUGAACAAAUGGAGGAGGCUUUUGAUGAGGCAUAUGACCGGUACAUGGUGAAGAAAGGAGGAAGCGCAAAGCAAAGGAAGCGUGCUAGACAGGCACACGCUGAAAAGCUUGAGGAGGAGGGUGAUGGAGAUGAAGAAAUGAAACUAGAUUACGAUUCUGAUAUGAAUGAAGAGAUGGGUGAGGCGAACCCUCUUAUGGUACCCCUUGACGAUGGAGAGGUCCAGACAAAAGAGGAAAUAUCAAACCAGUGGUUCAGUCAGGACAUAUUUGCAGAAGCCGUUGAAGAAGGUGACUUGGGUAAAGAUGACAGUGAAGACGACAUGCCAACUAAGAAGAACCUGUCUAUUAAAGCCGAGAAUAAGUCAAAGAAGAAGGCGGCGAAAGCAAGCGUGUUGUCUGGUAAACAGACUUCACUCGCUAGCUCUAAGAAGGAAGACGAUUUCGAGAUUGUCCCUGCACCAGUCACAGAUUCCGACUCUGAUUCAUCCUCAGAUGACGACGACGUUCAUACAAAAGCAGAGAUAUUGGCCUGCGCCAAGAAAAUGCUAAGGAAGAAGCAGAGGGAAGAGAUGCUCGACGAUGCUUACAACAAGUACAUGUAUGGUGACGAAGGCUUUUUACCCAAAUGGUUUUUGGACGACGAGAAGCAGCACAGACAACCGAUGAAACCCGUUACAAAAGAAGAAAUCAAUGCGAUGAAGGCUCAGUUCAGAGAAAUCAACGCUCGUCCAGCUAAAAAGGUGGCAGAGGCCAAGGCGAGGAAGAAGAGAGCGGCAGCGAAAAGAUUAGAGAAGGUGAGGAAGAAGGCGAACUUGAUAUCCGACAAAACGGAUAUAGCGGACCGUUCAAAGGAUAAGAUGAUUGACAAGCUGUAUAAGAAGGCGGCAGAGCCGAGGAAGCCAAAGAAAGAGCUGGUUGUGUCGAAGAAGGGUGUUGGUGUUAAGGUUGGGAAAGGACAGAAGAGAGUGGAUAGGAGGAUGAAGAGUGAUGCUAGGCAACGUGGAGGAGGCAAGCCUGGUAGGAAGGGGAAGAAGAGUGCCACUGGGGGUAAAUCAGGGCAGAAAAAACCGAGGGGUAAGAGACCCAUGGGAGGUUGA